CUAAGUUUUGUUCGCUGACGCCUUUGACCUAAGUUGGAACCCCACUCAAGGUCACCAGUGACGGUCAUCUUAUCCGUUCAGGUGAACCUUCCGCAAGAUCACUGAAUACACACAACUACCUAUGGCCUUAUAACAGAUCCGGUCGCGGCCCCAAGGAGAUACUUGCACGUCCGAAAGAACUUAUUUAACUACCUACAGUAGCGACGAGGAAAGCAACAGGGCAUAUCAAAUCUGUAUUCAACCUCACAAGAGCUUCUUUAGCUUUACAUAACAGUAGCAUAAACAGUGAUAAUCCUAUGACAGGUCGGCAUCAACAAGGUACCUAAUCAUAAGGUUUAUUUGCCUCAGGGACGCAGCUGCUGCCUUGUCCAAGAAGCAUAAAUACCCAAGGUACCUACCUACCCAAGGCAUCGCAGCUGGGACGAACCUUCCCUCUUCAACCCACUCAAAGGCCUGCCUCACCAGCGUCACACAAGCUGGAACCUUCACCAUGUCAGCCCCUUUGCAAUUCGCACCAUUCCUGUCAGAGAUCGAGCUAUCGUUCUACUCGGCGCUCUUUGCCUCGAAGCUUGAGCAUGACAAGCUCGACGACUCGGCGCGGAGCAUCCUUGGUCUCUAUGAGCCCCGGUUGGAAGAACCAGAAUCCAGCUGUCGCAUGCAGAUAUUAGGGAAUGCCCUUACGAGCAGCAGAACUAAUGCGCCCAGUCCGUCUCUCGAGACAAUGAGGGCCGAGGGAAUCAUUAGGAACGUUAAUCCACUCGAGGAUUUCAAGAAUACAGACAAACUUGCCAUGCUCAAGACUGCUGGUCGACAGAUUUGGGAUGCGAUCAAAGAUGGUAGUAUCUACUCUGUUCCAUCCCUGCUCUCGUCGUUCAUCAUACUUUCAUACGCGGACCUGAAAAAGUACAAGUUUAUGUACUGGUUCGCUUUCCCUGCCCUGCACUCUGAUCCUUCGUGGAAGCGAUCCGGCCCAGCCGAACGUCUCGACUCCAGGGAGAGCACGGCGCUUGUUGACAGGGUAGGAACUUGGAGGUACAGUGUUGACUCUCGCGAGCAUGGCUUCUUUUUGGUCAAGAAGGUACACGGCGAAGAUCAGGAUACAGAUGAUCCGGAGUCUUCACAGGGACUUCCUUUUCGAUGGGAAGUUGCCUCGCUGCGAGAGUUUGAGAAUGGCUUCUUCGACCAGGUGGCUGAGGCGGACCGUUACGUUGCAUUUGUUGAUCCUUCGACGUACCCAGAAAGCCCUGGAUGGCCCCUGAGAAAUUUUCUAGUCCUUAUCCGACAAAGGUUUCAUCUGACAAAGACCAAAGUGAUCUGCUACAGAGACAUCCAGGCAAAGAGACACGAAGCUCGCAGCGUUAUCCUCCCAAUCGAGAUAGAUCCAGUCGAGAACUUAGAGAUCUCUGAAAUGCCUAAGGUUACUGGCUGGGCACGGUCGAACAAUGGAAAACUGCAGGCACAGCAAGUCAACCUAGGAGAGUCUAUGGAUCCUGCACGACAGGCUGAAGGCUCUGUCGACCUGAACCUGAAGCUCAUGAAAUGGAGGAUCGCCCCUGAGCUCGACUUAGAUGCCAUUAAGCACACGAAGUGCCUGCUACUUGGCGCCGGUACGCUGGGAAGUUAUGUCUCAAGAAACCUUAUGGGUUGGGGCGUCCGGAAGAUAACGUUUGUGGAUUACGGGCGAGUAUCAUUUUCUAACCCUGUCCGACAGCCACUAUUCAACCAUCAAGACUGCCUCGAAGGAGGAAGAGCAAAAGCACCUCGAGCUGCGGAAGCAUUGAAAGAAAUCUUCCCAGGCAUAGAUAGUGAAGGACACACGCUGUUUGUACCUAUGCUCGGCCACCCUUACAUAGAAGAGUCGAAGACAAGGGGCGAAUUCGAAAAGUUGGAGAAGCUUAUCGACGAACACGAUGCCAUUUUCCUCCUCAUGGAUUCACGAGAGUCUCGAUGGCUGCCAACGGUCAUGGGAAAGGCCAAAGGAAAGAUUGUCAUGAACGCUGCCCUGGGUUUCGAUUCGUAUGUUGUUAUGCGACAUGGUUCUGAAGGCCAUGCCGAAGGGCAGACACCGCUUGGUUGCUAUUUCUGCAACGACGUCGUGGCCCCAGCUGAUUCUCAAAAGGACCAGACCCUGGAUCAGCAAUGUACUGUCACUCGACCCGGUGUUGCAGCGAUUGCGUCUGCCCUUCUUGUUGAACUUCUAUCGAGCUUGUUACAACACCCCCUAGGCAAAGAUGCACCAGCACCACAGCCAACUCCUGGAGUGGUUCCAGAGCGAGACCCACCUGACCAUCCGCUGGGUUUGGUUCCGCAUCAAAUAAGGGGCUAUGUCUCGACAUAUCAGAACAUUGUCAUCCGCGGUCAAUCUUACGACUGUUGUAGCGCAUGCAGCCCUAAGAUUCUUGAUGCCUACCGCAGUGACGGAUGGGGCUUUGUGAAGAAAGCCUUGCAAGAGAAGGACUAUGUGGCGGAGCUAUCGGGCCUGGCCGAGGUCCAGCGAAGAGCAGAGGAAAUGGCUGCCCAGGUUGACUGGGAUGAGGACGAUGACCUCGUUGAAGAAGGUGACGGAGAGCUAAUUUAGAGUAUUCUGGCCUAAAGGCGUCGGAAUCACAGGGUACGGGUCGUUAUAGGGUAAGUAGAAGUGAUGUGGUGUCGUUCGCUGCAAUGCGGCCAUCAUGCGUGUAAGUCCGGAAGCGCAGGUAAGAUCAAAAGGAACACGGCAGUAUCAAUAGUAUUCCACUACAGUUUUCUUGAUAUAUCGUCAUUAUAUCGUCAAUGUCAGGUCUACAUAAAGCGCUGUCAUAUCCAUACCUCAGAUCGACGCUAUGAAUGUCAUCCCGU